UGAAUAUACCUUCAGUUAGUCUUUCACUUCUUGUAUUAUGGGCUGGUAGCGUACAGCGUUUAUUUUCAUAUCUCUCGCUUUCCCCCCAACAUGGCACCAUAUGCUUAACUUCCCCGCAGCUGCUUUUCAUAUUGUCAGAUCUGAGCGUUCACUCAAGCGUCUUUUUACUAUUUGGAGCUUUGGCGAUUCAUGCGCAGCACUAGCCUUGUCUCCGCCGUUUACCAACGUUAGUCGACCUAACUUCAUUUCAGAGAGGGAGCGUGUAUUUGGCUUCAGAAAUGCAGUCGAAGCUGGAGUAAGGGGCAAGCUGCAAACGAGACACGGAUGGAGGAACAUGUCUACGGCUGGUCUAUUAAGUUGCAGCAACUAGCUGCGUGUGGAGUAGUAGCAUGUACAGACAUUUUAUGAUACCUUUUGCUCCUCUAGAUGUCGUGCCGCCUGUUGCUGAAAAUCUAGUGACUAAGCAAUUCGACCUGAAAGCAAACAUAGUUA